UGGCUCGAAUAUCACUAUGCAACCAGCUCAUCCCAUCUCUUCUUGUUCCAAUGAAGCAGAGGAGCCACUAUCAGCUCAUGGGAGUCUUCGGUUUAACCAGAGGCCGCCGCUUCUCUGCUUCCUCCUCACCCAAGAUCAGCAUGAGCCUCAAAGCCGGCAUCGUCGGCCUCCCCAACGUCGGAAAGUCCACGCUUUUCAACGCCGUCGUUGAGAAUGGGAAGGCUCAAGCUGCCAAUUUUCCGUUUUGUACGAUUGAGCCAAAUGUAGGGAUUGUUGCAGUUCCGGAUCCGCGCCUGAAUGUACUUUCUGAUCUCAGCAAGUCUCAGCGCGUAGUCCCGGCAUCUUUGGAGCUUGUGGAUAUUGCUGGCCUUGUUAAGGGUGCCAGUCAAGGAGAGGGGUUGGGGAAUAAAUUUUUGUCAAAUAUUCGCGAGGUGGACUCCAUACUUCAGGUUGUUCGCUGUUUUGAAGAUAAUGAUGUUGUUCAUGUGAAUGGGAAAGUUGAUCCGAAGGAUGAUAUUGAUGUUAUCAACUUAGAGCUGAUUUUCUCAGAUCUGGACCAGAUUGAGAAAAGAAUGGAGAAGCUCAAGAAAAGCAAGACAAAAGAUUCACAAUCCAAACUUAAGGAGGAAUCAGAAAGGUCUGGCUUGGAGAGAAUUCAGCAGGCACUCAUGGAUGGGAAACCAGCACGAUCAGUCACUUUAACAGAUACAGAAAAUGAAUCUAUAAAGCAUCUGUGCUUGCUUACAAUGAAACCUGUUAUCUAUGUUGCUAAUGUUGCUGAAUCUGAUCUAGCUGAACCCGGAGAGAAUCCUCAUGUCAAAGCACUGAUGAAUCUUGCUUCUGAGUUGCAAUGUGGAGUAGUAACAAUUUCAGCACAGGUCGAGUCUGAACUAACUGAAUUACCAUCUGAAGAAAGAACAGAAUUUUUGGAAUCUCUUGGUGUUGGUGAAAGUGGUCUUGGAAACCUAAUCAGAACAACAUACAGUGUUUUGGGGCUGCGUACUUACUUCACUUCAGGAGAGAAGGAAACAAAAGCAUGGACCAUACUUGCAGGAAUGACUGCACCUCAAGCAGCUGGGGUCAUCCACUCUGACUUUGAGAAGGGUUUCAUUCGAGCUGAGACCGUGUCUUAUGAUGAUUUUGUUGCUGCUGGUUCACUUGCUGCAGCAAGGGAAAGAGGAGUUUUAAGAUCUGAGGGUAAAGAUUACAUCGUACAAGAAGGAGAUGUAAUGCUGUUCCGGUUUAACGUUUGACAACUCAUGGGAAGCAGAUUAUUUCAAGUCGAGGAGAUAAGUGGAUGUAGGCCAGUUCAUAAGAUGGAAAUUGAUUAACAUGGAAGUCCUGGAUUCAGUAAGCUGAAGUUGGUUGAAUAUGAUAGGGUAAAGUAUCUGUAAGCUGAGAAGACCAUAAAUUUUGCUCGUAGAGUAAAUAGCUCAGUUGAGUGUUCACAUUAUUUGAUAUCCAAAAUACAGAAGACACCGGAUUUU